GUUAACUAUCGAUAAAAAUAUAGAGGAUUUCAAAACCUCGUGUGAUCUUUUAAAUAUUUUUAUUCUUUUCUUUUUUUCUGGAUCAGCUGGUUGCAUCAAUAUCAUGGUUCGGUACGGCCGAAUACCUUCGUGGUCAUUUCCACAUAUUACUGCCCGAUUACCUGAUCAUUUUUAUCGUCAUCGACAAGAAUUGACUAAACCUUCCGAACGUGUUCAUGAUCGUCCAGUGCCUACAGAUUUUCUUGAUUAUAAAUACGAUUCGGAUCUUUCGAAACCAAUACGAGUUCCUGAUGUUCCUAUACCGGUGACCUAUCCAAAAGAAGCUGAUGCUGGCCUAUGGGGAGGUGAAGGUAUCGUCAAAGGUUAUGUAAAACCUAGAAAAUAUUUUCAAGCUGGUUGGCCACGACCAAAAUAUUGGUUUCCGAAUUUAAAAAAAGUCGUAGUGCAUAGCGAAAUUCUAGACACUCAUUUUCAAAUUAUUUGUACGCGACGAACUUUAUCAUUGAUCGAUGAUUAUUAUGGAUUCGAUAACUAUAUACUUCGAUCGAAGGUACAGGAUCUAAAAUCACAGUUAGGUCUAGCACUUCGUCGUCAAAUGUUACUAAAAUUAGCUCGAAAAGAAUUUAAAGAUAAAGAUCAUGAACAACAAAUGUUGGAGAAAUAUGGUGAUUGUAUCAUACCGCUUGAAGAAGCUGAAUGGUUUGGUCUCACCGUACCACAGGCGAUAACAAGACAUAAAAUGAUAAUGGCCAAAGAAAAUCAACCUAUUCCAUUAAAAUAUGAAUUGGCUAGAAAACUAUUACAUGAUCUUGAACAUCCACCACCGGAAACCGAUGGUCAAAAAGUACAAACAAUAGAAUCAGGAUGGUUCAAUAAAAUCAAAUCCACAUUGGGACUGACGCCUGUACCAAGAUUGUAA